UCUUUGGACGAUUUUGUUAUUUUAAGCAUUGUAUACACCAAAAAUGAGAUACUUUCAGGGUAUUCCAUUAGUGUUGGCGCUAGCUACAACAGCGUUGGCGGCAUGCACGAGUGGAGUUGAUGAAGAUACUUACGAAGCAGGCUUUGAUCAAGCACAGUUGCAGUAUGAUGCGGCAUGGUCUUUUGUGAACUAUAUGUGUUCAUCACGACAGGACAUUUACGAUCAGGUUUCAAAAGCGGGUCCUGGAAAAUCGGCACCUCAGUGUCAAGUAGAAGGCUUCGCCGCAGGGCUUGAUGCAUCUGUGGCGGCCGCAGAAAAAGAUUGUCCCGUGCUACCCGACGGUUGUUCAAGCGAAUCCACUUACAAAGCAGGCGCAAACCAAGCAGAGGUGCAAUUUAGCGCAUCCUUCAAAUACGCUGGAUGUGAAAAUGUAGACAAUGUAAUGCAAAUCACGUCAGAAAGCGGGCCUGUUGAACCUCCAUGUCUUCAGAUGGGAUUUCAGGAUCAAUUAUGGCUGAGUUAUACUGAGGCCGGCGAAGAGUGCGGCGGUACCACGUGCGAAAGUCGGGCCGAGAAACUAGCGGAAGACCAUUGGGGUGAAACUGUUGAUAUGAUCGGGUCGGAGUGUUCUAGUGCUGACCAGGUUCUAACACAGUGCCUGGGGGCAGCCCCAGCCACACCACAGUGCACCUAUGAUGCGUAUGUGGCCAAAGUACAAUCUCUGUACGAGGAUAAAUUUGACGACUGCAUAGAGGAAUGUCAGGGCAACGGUCAGAAAUACGGCGAGCGUCUAGGCGCUCAGUUCUGUUCCGUGACCGUUCUAUUUUCUUUUGCUGGAGGCGAAUCAUUCAUAGUGACUAUUUGUAAUCAAGAAGAGCAAAAGGCGUGCGAGGCUGAGUUAGAGUCCUACGUCUUGGAUAUUUGCAAGGAUGAUUACGAGAACGGCAAAAAUGACGAAUAUUACGAGGAAUUAAAGGCCGGAUGCAGUAUCACCAUAGGUCCGGAUCAGCCAACGAGUACAUCCACACCAACACCUAAGCCAGAUCCUGAUUGUGCGGAGAAAGGGAAGGCUCUCGGUGAAGAUGCAUGGACACAGGCCCGCAAACAGGUUGGUGACACGUGCCAUGACAUCGAUAUGGCUUUCGCUGAAGUGAAUAAAAAUGCACCUACUACACCAGCGUGUGUUUAUGAGGCGUACUUGGACGCUGUAAGCGAUAUGUAUGUGAAAGCUCAGGAGAGUUGUGUCAACGAAUGUGCAGGAUACGGCGAAACCAGAGGUCAGAACGCGGCUGACCAGUUUUGCGGUGUUGUGGCUCUCUUCUUCCUUGAUGAUCAAAGCGAUGAGGGUAUCACCAUCUACGUGUGUAAUGAGAUAGAAAAGAAGGCGUGCUAUGACGCAUUCGAUACAAAGAUCGAGGAGACUGAUGGCUGUAGUGAAAGAGUGGAUAAUGCAGACGAGAGUACUGAAGAUUUCUAUAAUGAGGUUCAGGAAGUUUGCGAAAUUACCAUUGGGCCUGACCAGUAGAUCUAUAUGAGUUUGUAAGAUAUGCGCAAGCACGUUUUAGAUGAUAAAGUAUAGCGCAAAAUAGGAUUAGGCCUAAUGGAACUAUCAGAGAUUUUUCAACCUACAACCACACAACACGCAUGAGAGAAUGAAAACAAUCGGCUGACUGAUAGUACUGAAUCAUCCACGCCAGCGUCAAUAGUAGAACUUUAGUGUAAAAUAAUCGAGAGUGCAAUGAAUAAAUAUAUAAAUUUUAUUUCGUGUAGG